AAGCGCUGAAGUGAUGGGGAAGACGCAGAUCCUGGCUGCCAGGAGCCCCAGUCUGAUGUGGGAGGCUGCAGGGAGCCAGGCAGACCUGGAGUGGAUGCUCCUUCUACGCCUUACUGGCGGGAUGAUGUUGGGCCUCUGUCCCCUCGUCGCUAGAAUGGGGAUAAUGAUAUCCAGCAGGAGAUGGUUGCCAGGUUAAAUCCAGGCCCAUCCCAGGGGGUCUGGCAACAAGUGCACCCUCGGACUGCAGGGGACAGGCUGCCAUAUGGUCCAAGACAGAAGCCGGGAGCCCUCUGGGGUCAGCUCUGCCAUCCUCCGUGGCUGCAACAGUUCAAGUGGCUGCAGCAGUUCAAGGCUUCAUAUCUGCACAUCACUCUAGUUCAAAACCAGAAAGAACGUUUCCACCCUCAACCAUCAAACCAGAGUCCUGGGCUUUACUCUGAUUGGACCAACUUAUGUCAAUGUGCCAACUCUUCAUCCACAUACUGACCAGGAGAUACCGAGGGCUGACUGGCUCAGGCAUCAAGUUCAGCACUGCCCAAGUCGUUGCUCCUUUUAACUGGUAAUGAGAUGGGGGUCGGCCAGUCCAUGGGCUUUCCAUCUGUCGCAGGACCCCACCUCGUAGGCUGCGGGGAUGUAAUGGAGGGUCAGGGUCUCCAGGGGAGCUUCUUCCGACUCUUCUACCCCUGCCAAGAGGCAGAGGUGCCCACGGAGCAGCCCCUGUGGAUUCCCCGCUAUGAAUACUGCACUGGCCUGGCCGAUUACCUGCAGUUCAAUAAGCGCUGGGGAGGAUUGCUGUUCAACCUGGCUGUGGGAUCUUGUCGCCUGCCUGUUAGCUGGAAUGGCCCCUUAAAGACCAAGGACUCUGGAUACCCCUUGAUCAUCUUCUCCCAUGGCCUGGGAGCCUUCAGGACGCUGUAUUCAGCCUUCUGCAUGGAGCUGGCCUCCCGUGGCUUUGUGGUUGCUGUACUAGAGCACAGGGAUGGGUCAGCUGCGACCACCUGUUUCUGCAAGCAGAUCCCAGAGGAGAACCAGCCCACUAAUGAGGUGCUGGAGAAGGAAUGGAUCCCCUAUCGUCAAAUUGAGGAAGGGGAGAAGGAAUUCCAUGUUCGGAAUUGCCAGGUGCAUCAGAGGGUAAGCGAGUGUACACAGGUGUUGAGGAUCCUGCAAGAAGUCACUGCUGGGCAGACCGUCCUCAACAUCUUGCCUGGUGGGUUGGAUCUGAUGACCUUGAAGGGCAGCAUUGACAUGAGCCGCGUGGCUGUGAUGGGACAUUCGUUUGGAGGGGCCACGGCUAUUCUGGCUUUGGCCAAGGAGACCAACUUUCGCUGUGCUGUGGCUCUGGAUGCUUGGAUGUUUCCUCUGGAGCGGGACUUUUACCCCAAGGCCCGAGGCCCUGUGUUCUUCAUCAAUGCUGAGAAAUUCCAGACAAUGGAGAGUGUCAACUUGAUGAAGAAGAUAUGUGCCCAGCAUGAACAGUCCAGGAUCAUAACUGUCCUUGGUUCUGUUCAUCGGAGUCAAACUGACUUUGCUUUUGUGGCUGGUAACUGGAUUGGUAAAUUCUUCCCCACUCAAACCCGUGGGAGUUUGGACCCCUAUGAAGGUCAGGAGAUUGUGGUGCGGGCCAUGUUGGCCUUCCUGCAGAAGCACCUUGACCUGAAAGAGGACUAUGACCAAUGGAACAAUUUCAUUGAAGGCAUUGGACCAUCGCUUACCCCAGGGGCUCCCCACCAUCUCUCCAGCCUGUAGGCACAACUGGCCAUUUGUAAAAGGUCACUGAGCUGAGUUCCCAUUUGGGGCCUGCCCAGGGACACCCACGGCCUCAAGAAAGUGGUCAACAUGACCCUUCUUCAUAAAUUGAGAGGGUGUAGUCACACUGCUGAUUGGAUAACUGGGUACUUUGAUCUUGGACUUGUUGAUCUUAUACUUAUGGUGGGACUUGGAUUGCUUACUGAUUGGCAAACUGACUUUCUGGGGCCUGAGCCCUGAUGGUGUGGGGAAUAAGCAGUGGGGUGGGGCUGGGGGGGACCCAAGCCCCAAGCUGAGCACUAGUUAACCCAGCAAGGCUACUCCCGCACCUUGGGCCAGUGUGGCUUCUGCAGCGGAAGAAAUGAAGCCAAAGGAUGGAGCGAAAAUUCCCACCUUCAGGACCUCUAGCCCAACCUGGCACUGUCUCUUCCUACCUCUCAGCCUUCGCCCUUUCCAGGGCCACUUGGUGAGUUCUAAGCACUUUAGGCAACGUUCGAGGAUACGGACCACCAUCAGAUUUUCUGUUUAUUUUCAAGCCUUCCCAUUGCAUGAAACAUAGUACUGGGCACUGAGUCAGGACUCAGUUAUACUUGUGAGCCCAUGGAGAGGGGCAGACAGCACUGUCCUCAUAGCAGAGAGAGAGAAGCUGAGGUACAGAGGGGUACCUCAGAAGCUCUAGAUGUCUUGGGAUUUUGCUAAAAAUGUAUCUUGACAGGAAGCAACACAAGUAGGUUGAGACGAAGAAGGUAGAGUAACAGCGUUGAGUAGCUAUUUGAACAGGUUCUCAACACAAGAGGGAGGUAGUUUGGUCAGUUAGAGUUCAGGAGGCCACCCCUGGACAGGUCUGGGAACACUGUGGUCUUGCCUCUUACCUCAGAUAUCUUGAGCUUCAGCUCGCUCAGAAUCAGGGUGCUGUAGUUGUCUGUUUUCUGGCUCUGAGGCCCUAGCCUCAAAUUUAAGUCAAGAUAUAGACUGAAUUUCCAUUCUGUUCCAUUUAUACUAUGAAUGAUAUUAAUACUCAUGUUUGCCUAAUGAUAUGUUGGAAUAUUCUCUCUAUUUAAUCUGCAUUAGAGCAGGAUGGGGAGCCAUCUGGCAGUAACUUUUCCUUCUGUCUUUCUUUGUUCACUUACCACUUGUGCCCAAGAAAAACUUUAAAAGAAAAGGAAGUCUUCCUAGGGAUCUAGUUCAAAGCUGUCUGGGAACAUCAACCUGAAACAGCCCUCCACACUCCUCUAGGCCUUUCACCUCCGUCCAAGUAGGGGACCCCAGAGGAGGCUAGAGCAAAAGGGAAAUGCGUCUCUACGCGAUGGGUCCAAGGUCAGUGCCACCAAAGCAAGCUGGGACUAGGUCUCCCACCUCUCAGCUCUUCUGUCUGAGGUGAAACAUCAGAUCCGUUGAGGAUGGACCUUGGGAAGACCUGUGAAUUCCCGUGAGACCUCGCCUCCGGGGAGAUCAUGAAAGCCCUGGGCUCUGGAGUUCUAUAGCCUGGUUUUGAGUCCUGCCUCCACCACUACUAACUGGGUAAAUUUGAGCAAAUUAUGUUCUCUUUCCAAUCUCCAUUCCUGCAUUUCUAAAAUGGGCAUCUGCAUUAUAAUAGUUAGGAGGAUUAAGUGAGAGGAUGUAUAACCCAUGGGUUAUUUAAAAGUAUUUUUCCUACUUUCCAAACGUAGGAGAUUUUUCUAGUUGUCUUAUAGCAGUUAUUUUCUUGCUUAAUGGCUUUUGGUCAGAGAAAAUGACCCAUAUGGUUUUCAUCCUGAAAAUUGCUUCUUGGCCCAGUGUGUGAUCAAUUUUAUAAAUGUUCCAUAUAUGCUUAAAAAGACUGUAUGUUCUGAAGUUGUUGGCUUGCUGUUUUACUCAACGACACAUUAUGGAUUUCCUUCUUAUAAGAGUGCAUACAGAUCUAUAAUAGGGCCUUCCCACCUCCAAAUGGGGACCAGCACCCCUCCGCACUCACAGAACCAGUAGAUGCCAGCUCUUGUGCCUGGGGCUAGUUAUGCAGAUGCUGAGGGGCCAGUUCUGGCAGCAUUAGCACGUGAGACCCAGCUUCUACCUUAGACCCAUGAAUAAUGCAGGUGUAUUUUUUAAAGAUUGGAGCCUCCCUAGAAAAAGAAACUGUUCAGAAACUGGAUCCAUCUCCUCCAUUCAGUUCAUGUUCUGGUAAUGACCUAUUUAUCCAGCAACUUUGGAAUAGGUGAAUUUUCCAUAUAGCUGCAAAUUAUCCUUUAAGCCACAAAAUAUAAUAUUGAAUAUUUUGAGUGGUAAUUUACCAAAAAGAUAAUGCACACAUUUUUUAAUGUGAAUUGACCUCAUUUAAUUUUUUAGGAUGUUUCAGUCAGGAUAAACUGAUUAUAUGGCAGUAACAAGCAACCUCAAAAAGCAACAAGUUUAUUUCUUGCCUGUGCUACUUGUCCUCUGUCGUUUGGCUAGAGGCUCUGCUUUGUGCCAUUUUUAUCCUCAUUUGGGGACCCAGGCUGGCGGAGCUGGCACUAUCAGAAGUGUGCUGCCAGUCACAUGGUAGAGCUGGAAGAGAGCAUGGUGAAGCACCCACCAGCUCUUGAAUCUUCUGCCCAGAAGUGACACUUGUUAUUUCUGUGCACAUUGCAUUGGCCAAAGCAGGUCAUCUGGCCAUACCUAACAUCCCAUGCCAUCCCAAGAGAGCACAAAUAUGUGUGACCAGGUCUAAUGUCAGAGCAGUGGCGCCCUCUGGUCUGGGAAGAUGUGGAUAGCUGUUUGCUCCUACACCGUGUGGCUCCCGGCAGCCGUCUUCCUAGUUGUUUUAAUUGCUUGUCAUAGUUUGUGCUGUCUCCCUUGUGGUCAGGCGGCCAGCCUUUACUCUUCAUUGCCUUUAAUCUGCCAGCCCCUAGCAGCUCUCGCUGUUCGCUUCAAGUUUAUAAUUUCUGAUUAGCCACGUGAUUUCCCACUGUCCGAAGUAAAACUAGGCAGGCACUGAAAGAUAGCUUGAGGGACUCUGCUGCAACUAAAGUGUGCUGCCUUUAGUGCUUGGACCCUGUAAUCCUUCCUGAGACUGCUCAGAAGGGGUAUCAUAAGGCCUUUGGUCCUUCAUCCUGGUUUUUGGUUAGCUUCCAGGGAAUCGAAAAAUACCAGAUAAAUGGCCUUUAGGUAAACAGGAUGGCCCGGCAUAUUGAUAGCAUGUCCUGAUAAAUUGCAUUCUAGUGAAUCCUUUCCAAAAGCAAAGAAGAUGUCUUGGGUUUCUUUUGCAUCUUCUUGUUCCCCAUCCUAUUAUAGGACUGUACCGUGGAGGCCUUCUAGUGGUGUGUUGUGAAGUUUCUGAGCAUGGGAUGGUGCGUCAGUUAGGAAGGAAGGUAAGUAAAUACAGGAAGGAAUGAGAUUCUCCGUCCCUCCCACUUCCUGGACGUGUCAGGGUGAGACUGGCUGGGUUCUUGCUAUGCCCCCAGCACGGACCCCAAGCCCCUUUCCAGUGUGUGUCCUGACACAGCUGUCCCAGUUGCCCUUCCUCAAGAAGACUACUGGGCUCUUGAAAUUUCAAUUGAUGGACUCCAACUCUGUGUCUUGGCCUUGUAGGGGCCUUUAUCUGCCCCCUUUUCUUCUAGGGCCUGACUUAUCUCUGGGCCUGCAAGGUAACGGAGGAACAGGACAGGCCAUACUCUAUACUCAGGACCCAUCCUCAUUAGGAAGCUCACUUCCUGUCCCAUCACAGCCAGAUGCAGAGGCCAAGUGUCCCUGGCCAUGACUGCAUGGCCAAAUGAUGACAGUGAUAACCACUGUGGUAGCCAACAUUUUUGGGGCCCUUACUGUGUGUCAGGGACUAUGCUCAGUGCUUUAUAUGCAUCAUCUCAUCUGCUUCUCACCCCGUGAGAUCAGGUGGAAUUAGCCUCAUUUUAUGUACAAGGAAACAGAGCCUUAGAGAAGCGAUUUGAUAAAGCUCUCACAGCAAGAAUUUGGCAAAGCUGGCGCUUAGGCAUAAAAAUCUGAGCUCUCGAUCACUGGGCUGUACUGCCUAAUAUACAUACUUGGUUUUCCCCUUCCAUUGCUCUUUCAGCUGUCGGGGUAUGAGGGAUGAAAUUUCAUCACAGAUUGAAUCAUAAUGUCAAACUCUCCAGCAAUUUCUGUAUGAUGUGCAUUGAGAUUCAGUGACAUCCUCAGCACUCUUGAGAAAUGGGUUGGGGGAAAGGACCGCGCCUCACUGACUGGGCCAGGUGCUCUGUGGAUUUGAUAGAUGAGGAAAGCAGUUCAGGGAUUAAGAACGUCGUCUUUGGAAAUCAGACAACUCCAACACUGUUAGCCCUGUGACUUUGUGCUAAUUUAUCAACUUCUGUGAGCUUCAGUUUUCUCAUUUAUAAAAUGGGCGGUCUAAUAGUAUUUACCUCUUAGGGUUAUUGUAAUAAUUAAAUGAAAUAAUGCCUGUAAAGUGCUCAUCACAGUGUCUGUUCUAUCCUAAGGGUGUAAUAAAGAUUAGCUAUCACUAUGUGGUUUAUUGGGUUCUCCUUACAUACCUGUAAGGUUAGGUAUAAUUUGCCCUUGUACUGAAUGGACACGGAUGGUCUUGGUCUAAAUUCUUAUUCCAGCUUCUCCAGUUUCACGGUUACCUCCCUCACAGAAGCCUGCUAACUGCCACUCAACUGCUGCCGUUGUGUGAGGCUGGAACUAGAAUAAGGGAGACAGUUUUUCCCCUCUCUUUGCUCUGAUUUCCCUGCUCCUCACAUCAAAAAUCAAGAUCCACACCAUCGUUCCAGCUUUGCAGGCUCUCUUCACCACCAGGAAGAGUCUACAUGUUUAGGUUCUGGUUUGGGUUUUAAUUUCACGCCUGAUCAUCCAAACGCACAUGUCUGUGCACCAAAUGGAAACCGAAGGUCCUGACGUGUUAAACGGGAGGAUCGGAGAUGUCCGUGUAGAGGUUGGGCGAAGGGAAAGAGGACCUGGGGAUGGGGAGUUUGUAGUAGAGACUAGUUGUGUUCAUUUUUGUCUGCUGCCUUUGAGGUGGGAGUGAGGGGUUAAAGUACCCUGUGACCUCGGGAGAAGCUCCUCAGGGCUGAGGGCGGCCUGCGAAUGACCUCUGCACAGCUCUCUCCCUCACUGCCCUGUCCGGUUUCCCACUAGGUCCUCUUGUUUCUUCCCUCUUGGUGAUUCUCACACCCAGCCUGUUCUUUCCAUUUGCAUCAACUCACCCCUAGAAUAAUUUUUACGAUCUCUCAGACUCUAAUCUUUCUUUCCCCUGCUUUCUGCUGCCAGAUCUGCCUAAAAUACCACUUUGGUAUCAAAGUACCUGCCUAGCAAGGUGAUCUAAUGGAAGAAGGACCAAACAUUGUCUGGAGCCCUGGGUUCUUGUCUCAGCUCUCUCACUCUCUCUUGCUCUGUGACCUCCUGUGUAUGCUCUUCCUCUCAUGACUUCAGUUUCUCUGUCUAUAAAUUGGAAUGUUGGGGGCGGGAUUGAAUUGGCUGAUCCCUAAGGCCCCUUCGGUGCUGGCAUUUCACGUCUCGUUCACUGAGUGGUCAAUCUAAGGCCUCCCUUUUUUCUGUAGAAUUGCAUUUCUCCCACUCAUUCUGUCUGGUCUUGCCCUGCCUCCCCGUCCUCUGCUUCUUACCAUGCACUCUUCUUUUUCCACAGUCUCCUGAACGUGCCCAGCCACUCCCCAAACAAACAUGCCUGCCGUUUCUCAUGAUAUUUUCUUGCUUGCAGGGCCUUCCCAACUUCCUUUCUAAAUAUCCAAAUACUACUAAUCCUUUAGGCCCAUUUCUAGUUCCACCUCUUCUACGAAAGCCUUCUUGAUUAGAUUCAAUGAACAUUUGAUCUCUUGGCCUCCUGCUCUCCAAGAGAAAUACAUUCUAUGCCAUAUUUAGUAUUGCACUUUAUUGCAUUGUUCCAGGAGCGGGACCCAUCUGUUGGACGGGAAAAGCAGCCUCCUGUUGACUGACAUGGGGAGCAGGGAUCACUGUCCCCUCCCUCCGACCCCUCCCCGUCAGCAGGCUUCUUGUUCCCCAGCCAGACUUGGGAACAGCUGGUGUUCGCCCAGCCCUCUGAUGUCUCCAGCUGCCCCUGCUUCCUUUUCUUUUGGUUUUUCCACAUCCCAGCUGUGGGGCCCAGGGCAGAGCCCACAACAGUGCAGCCAAGGGCAGCUGAAGUGAACUGAGAUACAUGGACAUGUAGCAUUUGAGAGGUGGAAGGAGGGCAGAACCGAGCACGAAUCACACCAGUGUUGAAAAUGAGGGAAAGAAGUUUGCCAGCUAAUCUUUCCCAUCUUGCUUUCAUCUAAAAAAAGAAGCUGCUCAGAAAUACAGUCCUCUUCAGCCUGCUAAGCCAGAUGGUCCCUAGAUGCUCAGCCUGCCAAGUGUGCAUGUAUAAUUAUUCAUGUUCGUGGAAUCACACCCGGGUCUGAAUCCAGACAUUGACACAUUUUUGCCAUUUGAUCUGGAGCCAGUGAACCCUCCCGAGCCUUUCUUUUUCUGUAAAAUGGGGUCACUAAUGUCUGCUUUGCCCACCUCAGGAUUUUUUGGAGGGAAAGGGUUUUAAUGUAAGAGCGCUUUGCUAUUACAAAGCACUAGACAAAUAUAUGUUGCUAUUAAUAAUAAAAGUGCCAUAUUUUGUUUUUGCCAUAGUCUGCUGCUACUUAACGAGCACCUUUCUGUGCUAGAUACUGAG